CUAAAUCGUUCGACCUGUCGUUAUAUUAAUCUGCAGUUUGUAACUCGUGAAUCGAUCGGUAUUGUUGUAUAAUUUAUCCUGGACGUAGGUCAAGUUCCGCAUGCACCAAGUGCUCGUGGUCGUCGGUGUUCGAAACGUUCGAUGGUUGACAGGUGUGCACGGUUUCGUUCCACGCCUCCUAUCGAUUCCCAAUCGGCCAGCGAACACAUAGAAGUGCCCCUAAUGGAAUGACGUACGAAAAGUCGUGUACCUGUCUGCUGUCGGUAAGGGGGGGCGGAAGUAAGUGAGGGUUGCUGCGUUUAAGUAGCCUCACGACUGUCUGACGAAUACGCAACGCCGCGUACACGCGACCACGCAUACAUGAGGAAGUGGUCCCAUGAAACGAUCUCGACAAGAAUUCUCCACCUACGAACGAUAGAAUCGGAAAGAUGUGAUCGAUGGGCGGUGUUAAAUCGUAGAUCGUCGCGCGGAUGAAACAUUUUGUAAGACGCGUGGCGGUUGAGUUUCGAACGCGGAAAUGAACCUGCUGCGUACGAUUAUCGACGCGUGUGCACCGUGCUGGGGUUGAUAAAGGGAGGCGACGUGGGUGUAGACAAGGGUUUCCCGACGUGCUCGCGUGAAACGAAACGAAAAUAGGCGGUUCGGUGUUGCUUGAGAUGGACUCGGUGGCGGUGACAGUGCCGCUUCGUCAACCGACGAAGAAGAUGAAGAAACGGAAGGAGCUCGACGCCCUGGCGCCUCCGCACACUGUCUCCCGCCGAAGUUCCGGAAAACGUAGCUCCCAAGAGUUACUAUCAGAUAGCAGCGACGAACGGUCGGAAUACUGGAAUAUAUCGACUAGAAAUGGCCGUAAAUGCAGAGGCAGACAAAGUCGAGCUUGCCCCGGAUUUUUUAAAGCUUGUAGUGCCUUUCUGGCUUGUGCCUCUGUAUUAGCAACCGCUAGUUUAAUUUGGCUGUUCAUCGACGUUCGUCAGCAACUCACCGCGCUACGGACCGAGCUGGACCAAGUUAUCGACGGUAGCGAAGGAGUUCCCGACGCUCUGCAGAAAUGUCACUCUCUAUCGAGAGAUCUCCAGAACAACCAGACCAUUAUUUUCAACCAUUUGUCCGAUCUCAAACUCCAAAUUAAUAAUUUUACCUCACAGUUAGCUGUUAUUCAACGCGAUUUGCACCGUGUAGAAGAGUGGUUCAAAGCUGACCCACAAUUAGCCAACGUGCCAACAGAUUUAAAGGCUCUUUAUAAUAGCGUUGCUACGUUUGGAAGCCAUAUGCAGGAUAUGAGUAACACAGUGAACACCCUAAAAGAGUCUAGUGCUAGGGUACAAGAUGCUCAAGCCAUAAUGCAACAAAAUAUCACCAGUAUCAAGAACACACUGACAGAAUUGUCAAAUGCUACACAAAAACCUCAGAUGUUGACCACAAAUGAGACAAAGAUAAAGACUGAUCAACUGAACACAGCAAUUGUACAUUUGUCUGAUAACUUGACAAACAUCAAUGAAACAUUGUCAAGAGCGGUGCAAUGGGUGACUGAGGAUCAGAAGAAGGACCAUAAAAUACUGGUGUUGCUUCAGGAAACGACACAGAAUGUUAGCAUGAAGGUGAUAUCUUUGCAGAGAGAGUGUGUGAAGACCACCAUAUUGAGCUCUGUUAUGAAAUUGAAUGACCAAGUGAGUAAAAUUCAUGCAGCUAAUGCUGAGCUCAGUGAGAAGGUGAAACAAUUGGAAGAGUCCUAUGGUAGUUUAAAAAAUUCCACAAACUUGAUGCUGGCCACUCUACCAGAUAUCCAGAGCCAAAAGCUGACCAAAGCACAAGUUUUAGAGGAAUCGAUCAGCGACGUCGCGACUACGGAACAAGAUCAUAGUGCGUUAGUUUCUGACGACUCCUCGAAGAAAGAUGCAACGGGUAAAGCGAAACGUUCGAGGUUAGGUCCGUAACGUGUUUCUAUGAGGAUACGUAUUAUCGUGACACUUGAGAGAGUACUGACCUUGUACGAUAUCAAGGCGACAACUGUGUUGUCGAGGAGAGCACGGAGAGACCGUGUAUGUGUGUAUGUUGUAAAUACUAAAUAAAUUAAGUACGUUGAGAAA